GGAGGAGAGAGGGGCGCGGGGUGGGCGCGGCGGGGAGAGCGCUAGGGCUUAGCGGGCCGCUCGCUGCCGGAGGCGCGGCGCGGAGCUGCUGCGGUGGCCGCGGGAGCCGCAGGCGUCUGCAUUUCCCCGCCUCCUCCCCCGUGCGGACGCUGCUGCCCAGUCGCCGCCCGAGGCCGGUGUUGAUGCCCGGGAGGGUCUUGCGCCGUCACCGCGCGGAGCGGGGAGAAAAGAGGCGACCACCCGCCGCAAGCGACCGUCCCCGUGCGCGCCGCGCCGCCCGCGCCCUCCGCGCCAGCCAUGGUGGACGUGCUGGGCGGGCGGCGCCUGCUGGCCCCCGGCGGCGCCUGGGUGGAGGCCGAGGCGGCGCUGCAGAACAAGGUGGUGGCGCUGUACUUCGCGUCGGGCCGCUGCGCGCCCAGCCGCGACUUCACGCCGCUGCUCUGCGACUUCUACGCGGAGCUGGUGGAGCAGGCGCGCCCGCCCGCGCCCCUGGCCGUGGUCCUCGUGUCCACCGACGGCAGCGCCCCGGAGAUGGAAGGGUUCCUGCGGCAGCUGCCCGGCGCCUGGCUGGCGCUCCCCUUCCACGACCCCUACCGGCAUGAGCUGAGGACCAGGUACCGCGUCACAGCCACCCCCAAGCUUGUGAUCCUGAAGCCCAGUGGGGAGGUCAUCACCGACAAAGGGCGCAAGCAGAUCCGGGAGCGGGGCCCGGCCUGCUUCCAAAGCUGGGUGGAGGCCGCCCCCGUCUUUCAGAACUUCUCCGGGUGAAGCCGGGACCUGGGCAGGAGUGGGCCCGGUGCUGCGGCCAGCACUUGGGGAGAAGGGGGUGGGGUGCCAGCGGCGCCGGCCCUCCCCGCGCUGCAGGAGGCGGUGUGUCCUGGCUCUCCCUGCGCGGCUCUGCCUGCUCCAGCUCCCCCAGGAGGAGGACUGCGCCUGUGCCCCGAAGGGUGCUUUUCUUUGCGAUGUUCUCUUCUGUUUUUGUGCUCACAUUUAUUUUUAAUGAAUAACAGCAUCAUCGUAUCCUAGAAAGUAGUGACAAUGCCGAGGCUGUGUAGUCCCGUCAGGACCAAACCUCGCCGGCUCCGGCUCCGAAAGGACGCCGAGCCCCGCGGGUCUGAAGCGCAGGAGGCGCCUGGCUGGGAGCAGUGGGUUCGAGCCUCCGCUGGGCUCGGCUCAGAGCACAUACAAGAAGCGACCCAUGGGUGCGGAAGUAAGGGGAGCAAUCUCUCUCUCUCUCUCUCUCUCUCUCUCUCUCUCUCUCUCUCUCUCUCUCU